AUGAAUACCCAAGAGAUCAGAACAAAGACUGAAGAAAUUAUCCAACACCUUCUUCAACAAGGAGCCAGUGAAGAUGAUACUAAGAAUUUAAAGUCAUUCCAAAUUCUUCAUAAUGCUUAUCUUGAACAAAUAGAUAAAAAGACUACUGGUAUUGAAUGGGACAAAGUUGAAUCACUUCCAAAAGAGUUUUCUGUAGAUUACAGCACAUUAGAUAAAGAUUUUACAAAAGAAGAGAUUAUAGAAUUAUUAAAGAAAACUUGUAUUAUUAAGAUCAAUGGAGGAUUAGGAACAUCUAUGGGAUGUACUGGUCCAAAAAGUGUAAUUGAAGUUAGAAAUGGAUUAACAUUCUUAGAUAUUAUAAUACUUCAAUUAAAAGCAUUAUAUCGUGAAUAUGGAGUUGUUGUUCCAUUAGUUCUUAUGAAUUCUUUUUCUACAAAUGUUGAAACAGAGAAGGUUAUUAAAAAAUAUGAACAAGAUAAUGAUGUAAGAAUAUUAACUUUCUUACAACAUAAAUUUCCAAGAAUUGAUGCACAAACUCUUCUUCCUGUAUGUACUGAAUUAAAUGGAAGAAAAGAAGAAUGGUAUCCACCAGGACAUGGAGACUUUUUACAAUCAUUUGUUGAUUCCAAAGCAUUCCAAACCUUAAAAGAAGAAGGAAAAGAAUAUUUAUUCUUAUCAAAUUCAGAUAAUCUUGGUGCUAUUCCUGAUAUUACUAUUAUGCAUCAUUUUUCUAAAAAUCAUUUAGAUUUUGCUUUAGAAUUAACUCCAAAAACUUUAAAUGAUGUUAAAGGAGGUACUCUUAUUAGAUAUGGUAAUAAAUUAAAAAUGUUAGAAAUUGCACAAGUUCCAAGUGAACAUGUUGCAGAAUUUAAAGAUAUUAAGAAAUUUAAAGUAUUUAAUACCAAUAAUAUUUGGAUGAAUAUGUCAGCUAUUCAACAUGUUGUUGAAAAAAGAACAUUAUUAAAUAAUAUGGAUAUUAUUGUUAAUCGUAAAAAAGAUGGACAAAGAGAUGUCAUUCAAUUAGAAAUUGCAGUUGGAUGUGCAGUAAGUGCAUUUGAACAUACAACAGCAUAUAUUGUUCCAAGAUCAAGAUUCCUUCCAGUAAAAGCAUGUAAUGAUUUAUUUAUUAUUCAAAGUACAUUAUUUGGAUUAAAUGAAUCAGGUCAUAUGGUUGAUAAUGCUAGAAAAGUAUCAGAUAUUCCACCAUCAGUUACAUUUAGUAAAGAUUUCCAAUUUAUUAGUGAAUAUCAAAAACAUAUGCAACAUAUUCCUAAUAUUGAACAUCUCAACUCACUUGUUGUUGAUGGAAAUAUAGUUUUUGGAAAAAAUGUUAAGUUGGUAGGUGAUGUAGUAUUAAAAAAUACUACAACUAAACCUAUUUUAUUGGAAGAUAAGACUAUAGAAAAUACUACAUUAACAUUCUAAUUUUCUAAUUGAAAGAAUUUCCAAUG